AUGGGGCUUUUCAAGCUUGCUUCUCAUCACACACAACGUCGCCUUUUCUCUGCUGUAGCGUCGGAUGCCGCUCUAUCUUACAACGGUCUUUCGCUGCCAUACAAAUGGCUGCGCGAUUCGUGUCAAUGUCCGAACUGUGUCCACCCGUCGACCCGGCAGAAGUUGCACAGGACGUCUGACAUCCCAACGGAUGUGCGCCCACAACCUGGUGGCGUCAGAUUAACCGAUGAUGUAUUGCACAUCAGUUGGGCGCCGGACCACCAAUCGCACUACCCGCGAGAUUUGAUCGAGCGAUACGCCUCAUCGCAGAACUUGCGUGUAUUCCAUAAGGACGUGGAUGCGAAGCGAUGGGAAGUUGCAGGACUCAAGUCCUCGCCAGAUCUGUUUCUCCCGUAUAGCAGCAUCCACACACCGUCGGGGCUGCUCAGCGCGAUCACACAGUUAACGCAAUACGGCCUGCUUUUCGUGACCGACGUGCCGAAUGACAAGACGUCGAACGAAGAGUGCGAGCUGCGGAUAUUAGCACAACGCUUCGGCGAGAUACGCGAGACGUUUUAUGGACAGACCUGGGACGUCAAGAAUGUCCGCAACAGCAAGAACAUUGCAUAUACGAAUAUUCACCUGGAUCUGCACAUGGAUCUACUAUAUUUCCAGCAUCCGCCUCGGUUUCAGAUCCUUCAUUGCCUGCGUAACCGCGUCAUAGGCGGGACCUCUGUCUUCGUCGAUGCCCUGCACGCUGCGGAGCGACUUCGCGAAACCGACCCCGCCGCUUUCCACAUCCUCGCCGAAACGCCCGUGUAUUUCCACUACAUCAACGACGGCCACCACCUGCACCACGCCCACCCGACCAUCGAGCUCGCGGGCGAUAGGGUCGCGCACAUCAACUACUCGCCGCCGUUCCAAGCGCCGCUUCCGCUGACCACGCCUGCGGCGUUCUACUUAGCGCUCGAGCGCUUCGUCGCACUGCUCGAGGACCCCGCUGCGCGCUACGAGUACACGCUACGCGAAGGGGAUGUGGUGCUGUUUGACAACCGCCGUGUGCUGCAUGCGCGGACGGCAUUCAGAGAGCGACAAGAGGCCGAGAGCGGCGAUGUUGUGGGCAAGACGAACCGUUGGCUGAAGGGAUGUUAUCUCGAAGCGGAUGCUGUCUUGGACCGGGGUCGCGUGUUGAGAGAGCAGAUCAGCUCUUAG